AUCUUCAAAACACGACAAAUUUUCAUCCAAAAUCCUCAUCCAUCACCCCAAACACACCUCCCAUACCAUCACUAAAUUCCCUCCCAAAACCACCCAUCAACCCACCACUCCAACUAACCUAUCUCUCUCUUAAACAACUAAAAUUUAUUCCAGCCUAGCAUGAACAACUAGGAACUAAAUCUGAAUAGUUUUAAACUUGCAGUUCAUAGCAUGGAGGUUACGGAAUGAGAUAAUGAAGAUUUUAAGUGGAGUUUUGGGGUAUGAGGGGUGGAGGUUGGGGGAUUUUUGUUAGGGGAUUUAGAGAGAGUUUUUGUUGAGGAUAUAGGUGGGGUGGGUUAGGAAGAGUUUAGGGUGAGAGAUAGGUUGGUUGGGAGAGGGGGAGGUGGAUUUGGUAGGUGUGGAUAGAGGUGUUGAGGGGGAUAUAAUGGUGAGGGGGUAAAGAAGAUUGUGAUCAAUUAGGAGGGAUUUAUGAAGAAGAAAUGGGACUGAAGAUGAGUCAAAAGUGAUUUGAAUUGAAGUUCUCACUAGACCGUAUCACAAAAACACUUGUACAAUUUAAUGAAUACGCUGCGAGAGGAGAUGGGAGUGAGAGAAGUCGAAAAGAUAACAUCAGACAAGACUCCACCUAUAACACUCAAAACCCAAACCUCAGCUUUAGACAUCAGGCAAGAACUCGAAGCUAUAAAGAAGGACCUUAAGGAAGAAGACUUCUUCGUAGAGUUCUGCUUGUGGAAAGUCUGCGAAGAAGAAGUAGAACACUCACAAGCAAAAGGAAAAGAGAGGAGGGUGAAGCAGGAAGAGGAGAACAGUAAGGAAGGAGAGAUUCCUAAGCCAAAGAAAGAGCAAUUGAUUAAAGAGAAAGAUUUUAAAAUUAAGAAAUUGGAAGGUAUUAUAAAGACUAAAGAAGAUCAGCUAGUAACUGGAAGAAAGAGAAUAAAGUUAUUAGAUGACAAGUUUAAAACUAAAGCAGAAGAGCUAAACAAUAUGAAAUAA